UCCCUCUGCCGUUUCAUCAAGCUGGCUGGGCUUUUUUUUUUUUUUUUUACCAGGGAAAGAUAAGUGUCAGAUGUGCGCUAAGGAGAAAAAAACACACACACACAGCAGUAGCUGAUAAUUCGACUGUGCCCACUGCGAUUUGAUUUGACCUUUAAUUCAGGACACGGAGCCGCUGAUCAGCUGAUGACCAGCCAGCCCGGCAGCUGCCAUUUUGCAGGUCAAUCGAGGUUUCACUUCAAACUUGUCCAGCGCACAAAGCCGACUAAGCUAAAAUAACCGAGCUUGAGCUCCAGGAUCUCGGAGAUGGAGAGGAAACCGGAGCGCUGUCGGGAAAUCUGAGCGAGCAUGGCCGACGGUAACACGAGAGAGAUGGAUCGAGGGAAAGGCAGGAUUACGGGCGACUCGUUUCCGAGAGGGGGCUACGCGCAGCAGUACGGCACGGCGACUCUGCCCGCGCUGCAAGCUCCCGACAUACAGGAGCUCGCGUCCAAACGCGUCGACAUCCAGAAGAAGCGCUUCUACUUGGACGUGAAGCAGAGCGCGCGGGGCCGCUUCCUGAAAAUCGCAGAGGUGUGGAUCGGCAGGGGGAGGCAUGACAGCGUGCGGAAGAGCAAGCUUACGCUGUCUAUGGCCAUGGCUCCGGACCUGAGGUACUGCCUGGGGGAUUUUAUCGAUUACUACGCGCACGUAGGCCUGCGAGGAGGCCACGCGCCGCGGCCUGAGGAGCCGAGCGACGCGCAACGGAGGCGGCAGCCGGACCAUCAUGCAGCGCCCGCAUCACCCAGCGGCUCCGCGGCGUCCGAAGAGCCCGCGCACCGGGUGCUGAAGAGCGAGUCGAUCGAGGGCGACAACCGGAAGUACUAUCUGGAUCUGAAAGAGAACCAGCGCGGCCGCUUUUUGCGCAUCCGACAGACCGUUAGCAGGGGGCAGGGCGCAGUCGGGUACUACGGCCAGGCCGUGGAGCAGACCAUUGUGCUGCCCGCGCAGGGCUUGAUCGAAUUCCGCGACGCGCUCUCGCAGCUCAUCGAGGACUACGGCGACGAACGCGAGGCCAACGGACGAGGCGGGAGGGGGGAGCGCGAUCGGGAAGCGGCGUGUGCCGAGCUGCCUGAGGCGGCGUCGUUCCGCGUCGACAACAAGCGCUUCUACUUCGACGUGGGCUCCAACAGGUACGGCGUGUUCCUCAAAAUCAGUGAGGUUCGCCAGCCGUACCGCAACACCAUCACGGUGCCGCUGAAAGCCUGGGCCCGCUUCGGCGAGAACUUCAUCAGGUACGAAGAGGAAAUGAGACGCCUGUUCACCUGCCGCAAGGAGAAGAGGACAGAGGCGCAGGCGGACAGCGAAGAGCGCGAGGAUUGACGGCGGUCCGCCAUCUGUGUUCUGUUGUUGCAGUAUGUCACAGUGAUCCGGUUUAUACAAUAUCCUCAUACAUGUCUCAAACAGUGUACCUCUAUAGCCUGUUCAAGUACCGUACUGUACUGUUUAACUCCAAUCACUCACAAUAGCACUUUUACAUCCAGCAGUACUGUUCUGUUUUUCAUUUGAAUUUAUUUUAUGGACGGUUGGAGGUCGCGUGACAUCAGGUUGUCUAUCAGCGAUAGCCCAUGAUAUAUAUAUAUUGGUUGUGCUCACGUUAAUUGAUCACGAGAUGGAAGUGUGUAAUCU